GAAGAUUCCAGUCAUAUAAUAUUUAUAAUAUCCAACAUAACUAACAUACAAAAAAAAAAAACAAAUCGCUUUAAUUGACCAACUACUGAUUGCUGGUGACUCAACUCUAUGCUGCUACCGCUGCUGCCGUCGCGACUACUACUACCAUUACUUCCACUUAAGGCUGUGUUUGAUUUCUGUGUAUAAAAUUUGCGUAAUUGUGUACGUGUGUGCGUGUGUGUACGCGAGUGCGAAUGUGAAUAAUUGCUGCAUAACCACCAUCCAUCCAUCCAUCCGUUUUAUGUUUGGUGACAUUGCUUUUAUUAUUGCUAGCAUAAUUUUAUGGCAAUUGCAAAAAGAAAAAGAAGAAAAAAAAAAAGGGAAAAGCCUAUAUCAUCGCCUUUUCUAAAUGUAUAAAAAAUAUAUACAGUACGGCCCGCUAAGCUCUUUCGCUGCCUUCAUCAUCGUCAUCAUAUCUUAUAAACAUUCGCUAUAGGCCUGUUACGUUAUUGUUUUUUUUACGUUCAUUCACAUAACAACGUUCGCACACACAACCAUAAAAAUUCGCCACAAUCUAUUCAUUGAUUAGCGUUUCGCUAUCAUUUUUGUUAUUAUUAUUAUUAUAUAGCGUUAGUUUUGAUCAAGAGCAUCGAGCUCUAUUUUGUACUUCAUAACCUAACACGUUUUACCACUGGUGAUUUAUUGUGUGCGAUCCUAAGUGUUUGGUUUUACUUCGACGAGCUCAAUGAGCCGAAACAUGCGAUCCCAAGAAAAUCAGGCUGCAUCGCAUAUGCGGCCUAAACACAACAAAUCCAGCUCUCUAUUAACACACGAAGAAAAUGAAGCUGUUUUCAAGAUGUUGGGCCGAAAAUGUCAGACCCUAAAUACGGCGGUAGUGCAAAUCUAUAAAACUGAAGCUUCAGCUCAUUCACAUUGGAAAAAGAAAUAUACGGGUGUUGUAUGUUUCGUUAAAGAUAGUGCUCAGCGUUCCUAUUUUUUGCGUGCUUAUUGCCUCAUCAAGCAUGAACUGAUCUGGGAACAUGAACUAUACGAUAGUAUGAAAAUUAAUAAAGCGCGACCUUAUCUGCUAACAUUUGAGGGUCAUGAUGGUCAUAUUGGCUUAAAUUUUGUCUCUGAAGAGGAAUGCGAAUCUUUUUAUCAUGCCGUUGACUCAAUAAUUGAAACAAGGAAUCGAAAAAAAAUGGACAAACGCAGUCGACCUAAACAACAGUCAGCCCCUUCAGCACCAUUGACUCCGUUACCCAAAGAACCAGUAACAAAUGAAAAUACCGUACAAUUACGUAAUCAUCCAAAGAUUGGCUCUAUAAAUUUAAUGCCUGCUCCCGUAACAAAUACACAAGGUUCUAGUAAGCAUUUCUUUUCGUUUAGUUCCUCCUCGUCUUCGAACAGUAAAGAUAAGAAACGUAAAGUAACCAAAGCUGAUAUUAGUCAACCGACAAAUUUUAUGCACAUCAGUCAUGUGGGUUGGGAUGCUAAUAAAGGAUUCGAUUUGGCGGGCAAUGAAAAUGAUCAAGUAUUAUCGCAUUUCUUCGCUAAAGCUGGUGUUUCCGAAAAUGAACUCAAGGAUCGUGACACGCGAGCAUUUAUUUACGAUUUCAUACAAAGCAAUAAUGUAUUGGGCACCGUAAAAUCAGAACAAGUGGAUAAACCGGUAAAAGCAACGGCACCAACGGUACCAGCACCACCACCAGUACCUAGCAGACAGCAGCAUAGUGUGGUUAAUGGCACUGCAGUCGUAACCAGCCAAAGAUCCGCGCCGCCACCACCUCCACCACCAGCCAGACAACCGCCGCCACCGGUACCGACAACAGUGCCAGGCUUGUCAAGAGCGCCAGUGCCUCCUACGCGACCGCCCCCUAUAAGUAGUAUGUCUACGCCGCCUCCACCAGUACCAACUCAAGCUACAAUACCUGCACCGCCGGUGCCGCCUCCACCGCCUCCAACUAGUGCUGUCAUUCCGCCCCCUCCGCCGCCACCGCCACCAGUUGAAAUACCAACUAUCACGACAUCACAAGCUCCUCCAGAAACCAAAAUUGCUUCUAGUCUACCAGUAGUAACAGAGACCCGCAACGAAUUGCUGGAAAGUAUACGCAAAGGGGUACAAUUAAAGAAAGUUGAUACAUCUGCGCUUAGCACCGGUAGCGGCGAUUCACACAGUGAUCUUAUGUCAGAAAUACGUAUGGGUAUUGAGCUAAAGCCGACAGAGAAACGCGAAUUACGUGAUAGUGAUGAAUUCUCAGGCACAGAUGCUUUAGCCAGUGCUCUAAGACGUGCCCUACAAGAACGCGGACGUGUUAUGCAAUCAUCCGAUGAUGAAUCAUCUUCUUCUGGAAACGAUGAUGAUUGGGAUGACUAAAGAGAGAACCAAAAAAAAAUAAAAAUAAUAAAAAUAAAUAUAUAAAAGACAAGAAAACGUAAGCUUCUUUAAGUUUUGAGUUUGAUAGUAAAAUGACGUCAUAUUUAUGCCAGAAAUUCGGAAUUUUUUAAUGAUUACUGCACGUAACAUUUUUGGUAAGGACAAAAAAGAAAUUCAUUCUACAAAAGAGCUUACAUCAAGCAUUCGCGAAAACGCUUUAAUUAGCGUUAAUUGUAUAGAAAUUUUAUUGCUUUACGAAACAUUCGGUUAAGAGUUAAUUCUUUUAAGAAAGCAAAACAAAGAAAUAAAAUUAGAAUUAGGUUAAUUUUUAAAUGAAUUUUCACUGUACACUUUUCAGUAACUGAAAUGCUUAACUUAUUUGGCUUCACUUCACGCCCUCGAUAUAUCUGAUUACUAAUAGUAGUUUGAUUUAAACAGCAUAACCAAUUUCAAUAAAUACUCUUUCAAAAAUUAUUUAUUAACUAUAA